UUGAACUCAAUUGUGGAAGUAUCAUUUUCGUAUAGUGUAAUAUCUGCAUUAUGGUUAAUAGAUGAUAGGUGUUCGGUAUUUUUAAUAUUAUUUAAUUUAAUUUAGAGUUAAUCAUGUUAACUUAACUAUCAUUGAUUAAUCCAUUGUAGUACUCAAUUUCUCAGACAUGGACGUAUAUCACGCACCUCAAUACUUGCCUGAUUUAGCAUUGGACAUAAUUUUCUCUAAUUUGGAACCACCCGAUCUUUUUAGUUGUAUGUUGGUUUGUCGGAAUUGGUUUCGCAUUCUAAACGAAGGUCGCGCCCAACCAUGGAAGUUAUUAUGCAAACGGAAAAUACCAAAAGAGCUUUUACGGUCUGAACUUCUAUCACAACUUACCACCCCAAAGGCUAAAUUACGUGCCCUAUACCAUGCUUGGGAUCCAGAAGAUUGUUCUAUGCAUAUUGUAGUUAAACAAAACGGUUUUACAUUGCACCGUAAUCCAGUUGCUCAGAGUACUGAUAUGGCGCGCACCAAGAUUGGUUACAGCCACGGUAAACAUGUUUGGGAAGUUACAUGGACAGGACCACUAGGUACUGUUGCAAUGGUUGGAGUGUCGACCAAAGAAGCGCCAGUGCAUUGUAGCGGAUAUUUACCAUUAUUGGGUAUUGAUAAACACAGUUGGGGUUGGAAUUUAAUUGACAAUGUUUUGUUACAUAAUGGACUUUCGUAUGGAAAUUAUCCUUUAUUAAAUAAUGCACCUAAGUAUCAAAUUGGUGAAAAACUACAAUUAGUACUAGAUUGUGAAAACGGAGUACUACAUUUUGAAAAGUGCAACGAGUUCUUGGGAAUUGCUUUCAAAGAUUUACCAAAAACUAAACUAUAUCCAGCAGUUUCAGCUGUUUAUGGAAAUACUGAAAUAUCUGUAGUAUAUAUUGGUAAGCCACUGUGUGGUUAGGAUAUUACAGAUUAACUACACUUAUAUUCAUACGAGUAUUGGGUAUACCACAAAGAUUUAAGAAGAUAUACAUAUUUUUUUAUAUGUAAACCUUUUAGAUCAUCGUCAUAUACCCUAUACCCAUGUACAAAUGAUUAUGUUAAGAUUGAAAAAUAGUCAAUGUAUUUAAUAUUUAUUGAAGUUUUAAAUAGUGAGUAUAAAAUUAAUAAUCAGUUUUUAUUUCCAACCACAUUGUUUGUAUUUUGUAUUACUUUUUUCACUUUUAUUAAAAUAAUAUUAUG